GCUGAUCUGCAGGAGUUACUGGAGACGCUUCGGGGCGUGAUGCACGAGGACGCCCGACUGGUCAAGGGCGCCGCCGCCAUGAGAGCCCAGCGCUGCUACGCCAUCAAGAGCCACGUCAACGGCCUCCUAGACGUCGCUCGCAAGAUCUACUCGGAGAUCAUCGACGACAUCACGGCCCACGUAGAGGAGCUCGCCAAAGACCACAACGUGGGCAUGAGGGUUGGCCACAACGCCGCCCGCGGGUUUCAUAUCGCCAUCCCGGUGCCGAAGAGGAAAUCAGCGCCUAACCUGCCUUCCGUUUUUAUCAAGGUGCAGCGAGGUCGAGGAUGCAUCACUUGCACGACAGAACAUCUGUAUUUGCUCGACCAACGAUCCCGUGAUACCCUCAGGGAGAUACUCAUCAUGAGUAAUGUGAUCGUGUCUGAGAUGCUGAUAGAGGCGCGCGGGCGUAUGGGUGCGCUGCAUGGACUUGGAGAGGCCAUAGCCACUUUGGAUCUGGUGGUGUCCCUCGCCCACUCGGCCGCCCUCGGGUCCUGGGUCAGACCCGAGUUCUCCCGCGCCCUUGCCAUUCGCUGUGGCAGGCACCCGAUCCUGGACGUGCUCGCGCCUACCCCGCCCGUCCCCAACAACACGUUCUUAAGCCCAGAGAGCCGGGUAAUGGUGGUGACAGGACCUAAUAUGAGCGGCAAGAGCACCUACCUGCGGCAGAUUGCCCUCAUUCAAGUGCUGGCUCAGAUUGGCAGUUUUGUGCCAGCAGAAUUCGCGUCUCUCCGCGUAGUGCGUCAUCUGUUCACUCAUUUAGGUUCCGAGGAUUCUCCAGAAAACAAUGCCUCUACCUUCCAAGUACAGAUGAGUGACGUGGCGCACAUGGUGGACGGGGCAGGGAGCGACUCCCUCGUGCUACUGGACGAACUCGGGUCAGGCACGAGCGUCGAGGAAGGAGGAUCCCUCGCCUGGGCCGUCAUGGAGACCCUCGUGCACGCCCGCGCCACCACCGUGCUCGCUACUCACGCCCUCUUCCUUACCAAGCUCCCGUACCUCUACCCGACGGUCGUGAACUACCACCUUGAGAGCGAGGACGAAGGGGGCGGUCUGCUACGCCUGAGCCACGUCGUCCGUCGGGGGGUCACCCAGGCCACCCACUACGGCCUCGCCCUCGCCGCAGUCACGGCCAUGCCCCCUUCGGUGCUGCAGCGAUCCCGACACCUCGCAAGCGUCAUGGCACCUCCGACGCAGGUCGCGGUGGAAGAGGACGCGGAGAGCCUACGAUACCGCGCAGUGUAUCGCCUUGCGCAUCGCCUGCUGGCUCUGGCCAACGCCCCCUGCAACCUCGAGUCCUUCCGACGACCCACAGCAUCCCCACGAGAAUCAAGAUCACUAGGCGCUCACGAUCUCACGGCUCUCAGCGAUACUCGAGCGACGGAGCUGAAGACCAAGCUACAGUGCCUACUGCAGGACUUCAUGGCGCAGGUGGACGGCGGCACUCUGGACGCGCCUCAGUUGUCGGACGAGGACGGUGACGGACUUCAAGGACUAGAGUAG